CUGGAAUUACCGUAUAUUCUGUUUGAAACCGAUGCAGUUUGGCUACGUGAUCCAAUGGAAUACUUCCAGAACCAAACACUCAUCGAUGACGCCGAUAUCGUAGUACCGGUUAAAGGUUAUCCAGAUCACGGAUUAACGUACACGUUUGACCCAAUGCUGGUGUAUCCAACAAACGCGUCACGUUCAUUACUCAAUGAAAUGUACUUACAGCUUUCAAAAGAUCCUAAACUUUUUGAUCAGGACGUGCUGGAUCAGCUCUGCCGUCAGCAGUACCAGGGACUGGUGUGUCGUCAAUUUGCAUGGGCUGAAGUAGCGGAUGGGAAAUGGUUUAAAUUGGCCGAUGCGGAGCGAGCUCAUUUGAAGCCUUACAUUGUAAACAAUAAUUAUUAUGUCGGUGUGGAUAACAAAAUCAGUCGGCAGGCACUAAAUGGACUUUGGUUUCUGUCGACCAAAAGAAAAUGCAGUAUUUCGAAAGUUCGCAACAUGCUCAAAAAAUUUCAGACAUGA